AUGCACGAAGAGGACUUCGUCGGUAACUACGACUAUGGCUUUUACUGGUACUUCUACCUGGACGGGAGAAUCGAGCUGGAAUGCAAGGCUACGGGCAUCGUGUUCACGUCUGGCCGACCGGAGGGCGAGUACGAGUACGCGACCGAGAUGGCUCCUCGUCUUGGCGCACCAUUUUACCAGCACCUGUUCUCAGCACGCUUAGAUGUGGCCAUCGACGGCAACAAGUGCCACGUUGAUGAAUUGGAAGCCAAGCGCCUGCCGAUCAGUCCCGAGAAUCCGCAUGGCAACGCGUUCAUUCGCACAGCGACCCGGCUAAAAAAUGCGAGUGAUGCCCAGCGUGUGGCUGCAAUGGAUAAGGGGCGAGUGUGGCGUAUUGCGUCAAGCGAGGCUAAGAACCGUCUUGGCCGCUCUACGGGCUACGCACUUUUUCCGGAAGGUCAACCGGUGCUUCUGGCGCCGGCUACAUGCCCAAUCAACACCCAGGGUAACCGUUCGGUGGAUGGGGAGGACAUUGUGCUGUGGCACACGUUCGGUCUUACGCACUUCCCACGCGCUGAGGACUGGCCCAUGAUGCCUGUGGACUACGCAGGCUUCAAGAUGAUCCCGGAGGGAUCCUUUGACCGCAAUCCGACACUAGAUGUGCCUGAGUGUCCCGUACCCGGGAAUGUAGGCGUCGUGCCAGGCGCUGGCGGGCCGGCUUUUGUGACAAGGGACCUCGGCGAAGGUCAGCGUGCUGCGACGGCGGGAGGCUGGUUCCCGUUGACCCCGCAAGCUCCCACUCACUUCGCACAGGAGACUGGUGAAGCUAUGGUGUGA